AAGGAGGAUCGAAGGGGGCCCGGCCAGACAAAAUACCCCUCACCUAUGGCUGUUUAGAGCAGAUCGGGCACAUUUGGGAUUGUAGAAGGGACAUCAUUUUCAAAUAAACAGAGGUCGCCUUGUGCACAUUUGUGGGCGCCCGACCAUGGAGAGGCCAAGGUGGUCCCCAAUGUGGAAAACGAAAAGGUGGCUUUUGGAUUCUACUGUUUUCAAAUUCAUCACAGUUUCCCUCGUCCUGGUUCUGCAGGCUCCAAAUGUCAGAGCAGCAGAACCUGUGGAUGUCCUAAAAGUAUUAGAAAUUCCCACUGUCCCAGAAGGAGUAAAGAAAACUUCAGGAUUUUGCACAAACCGAAAAGCAUCACAGCCGGACACAGCCUACAAAUUAGGCAAGAAUGCCCAGAUCAGUGCCCCAACCAAGCAGCUUUUCCCAGAUGGUGUGUUUCCUGAAGACUUUUCCAUCCUAACCACCAUCAAGCCCAAAGCUGGAAUCCAGUCCUUCCUUUUUUCCAUCUACAGCGAGAAAGGCGUCCAGCAACUAGGCGUGGAGGUGGGCCGCUCACCUGUCUUCCUGUACGAGGAUCAGACAGGCAAGCCUGCCCCGGAGGAUUACCCCCUGUUCCGCUCCCUCAACCUAGCCGACGGAAAGUGGCAUCGUGUAGGCAUCAGUGUUGAGAAGAAAACUGUUACCAUCAUUGUUGACUGCAAGAAGAAGCUGACAAAGACUUUGGGCAGGAGUGACCAUGCUGGUAUUGACACCAAUGGUAUAACCGUUUUUGGCACCAGGAUCCUGGAUGAGGAAGCGUUUGAGGGUGAUAUCCAACAACUGCUGAUUGUGGCCGACCCUAAAGCAGCUUAUGACUACUGUGAACACUACAGCCCAGACUGUGACGUCCCCCACAAGGACACACUGCAAGCACAGGAGCCCGGAGAGGAGUACACAACUGCUGUUGAAUACGGUGAUUUAUAUGAUUAUUAUGAGGGAGCGACCCCCACAGCGACAGAUGAAUAUUCUGAGCCGCAGCCUAACAAUAUAGAUGGGGAGUACUAUACAGACAGUGAACCUGACUACAGAACAGUAGAUGCUUCCAAAACUCAGUCUCCUGUCGCAACCACUGGACCAAACCAGGCUGUGGAAGAGGACGUUUUCAGUGACUAUGUCACUGAGACAGCCCAGGCUGGUCUGGAUCCGACCGCAGCCCCAGAGGCCGUGCUGCCCAGCGGCACUGCCGACUUCAUUGGAGUGGACGCGUAUGACUUUAAGGAGUAUGAUCUUAAGGGAUAUGAUGUGACUGGGCUUGACAAAAAUCAAUAUGAGUAUGGGGCGUACGAUGAGUUUGGCAAUGUGGCUCCAAACCCUACAUCCGCUUACGAGGACAGUUUUGGGCCAGGGGUUGCCGCAGAAAAAGAUAUCGCUGAAACAGAAGUGACGUCGGACUUGGGUGGCGGUGCUGUUCUGGGUCAGAAGGGAGAAAAAGGAGAACCUGCAGUGAUUGAGCCGGGAAUGCUGAUUGAAGGACCUGCUGGACUACCUGGACCUGCUGGUCUUCCAGGCCCUCCAGGUUUACAAGGCCCCCCUGGUUCAGCCGGAGAUUCUGGUGACAGGGGUCCUCCCGGCCGUGCUGGUCUUCCCGGAGCGGAUGGCUUGCCAGGCCCCCCUGGUACUAUGCUGAUGCUGCCAUUCCGUUUUGGCGGUGAUGGGGAAAAGGGUCCAGUGGUGUCGGCUCAAGAAGCCCAGGCUCAGGCCAUUCUUUCUCAGGCCAGGCUCGCCAUGAGAGGUCCAUCAGGUCCAAUGGGUCUCACUGGAAGAUCUGGCCCAGUGGGUCUUCCAGGUUCUCCUGGACUGAAAGGAGAGAGUGGAGACCAUGGUCCUCAGGGUCCGAGGGGUAUCCAAGGCCCACCAGGGCAAAUGGGAAAACUUGGCAAGAGAGGUCGUGCUGGAACCGAUGGGGCCCGUGGAAUGCCUGGAGAAUCUGGAUCUAAGGGUGACAGAGGUUUUGAUGGGCUUCCAGGUCUGCCCGGUGAGAAGGGACACAGGGGUGAGAACGGUCCUCUUGGUCCCCCUGGACCUCACGGAGAGGACGGACCAAGGGGAGAAGAUGGAGAGAUUGGACCAAGAGGACUUGCUGGUGAAAGUGGGCCACGAGGUCUGCUCGGCCCUAGAGGCCCUCCUGGAGUUCCUGGACAACCUGGCAUUGCUGGUGUUGAUGGUCCACAGGGUCCCAAAGGAAACAUGGGACCCCAGGGAGAGCCGGGCCCUCCUGGUCAACAGGGAAUCCCAGGAACACAGGGUCUUCCAGGUCCACAGGGCCCCAUCGGACCGCCUGGAGAAAAAGGUCCUCAGGGAAGGUCUGGUUUGCCUGGAUUGCCUGGCGCAGAUGGACCUCCUGGUCAUCCUGGUAAAGAGGGUCCACCUGGAGAGAAAGGAGCUUUGGGCCAGACCGGUCCCCAGGGCCCCAUCGGCUAUCCUGGCCCUCGCGGUGUGAAGGGUGCUGAUGGCGUCCGUGGACUGAAGGGAGGCAAAGGAGAGAAGGGUGAGGAUGGUUUCCCGGGUUUCAAGGGAGACAUGGGUCUCAAAGGCGACAGGGGUGAAAUUGGAUUGGCUGGACCCAGAGGUGAGGACGGACCAGAGGGCCCGAAGGGUCGUGCGGGUCCCAACGGUGAAUCUGGACCCCUGGGACCUGCUGGAGAAAAGGGCAAACUUGGUGUUCCGGGAUUGCCCGGGUAUCCAGGACGUCAAGGGCCAAAGGGUUCGAACGGUUUCCCCGGAUUCCCAGGAGCCAACGGAGAGAAAGGAGCCAGGGGGCCAACAGGAGAAACCGGUCCUAUUGGUGAGAGAGGACAUCCUGGACCCCCUGGUCCCCCCGGAGAGCAGGGUCUCCCAGGUGCUGGUGGAAAAGAAGGUGCAAAGGGAGAUCCAGGUCCUCUGGGCAGUCCAGGAAAAGAUGGUCCUCCAGGACUGAGAGGAUUCCCAGGAGAGAGAGGUCUUCCUGGAGUGACGGGUCCACCUGGUUUGAAAGGAGCCGAAGGCCCUCAGGGCCCCCCUGGUCCGGUUGGUUCCCCUGGUGAGAGAGGAGCAGCAGGACCUGCUGGCCCCAUUGGGUUGUCUGGACGUACUGGACCCCAGGGACCCCCGGGACCUGCUGGAGAGAAGGGUGCACCGGGAGAGAGAGGUCCUCCAGGUCCAGCCGGUCGGGAUGGAGUACAAGGUCCAGUUGGUCUGCCGGGGCCAGCAGGACCUCAGGGUCCACCUGGAGAAGAUGGUGACAAGGGAGAAGUGGGCGAACCAGGCCAGAAGGGAAGCAAAGCCGACAAAGGUGAACAGGGUCCACCAGGUCCACCUGGUCUUCAGGGAACUAUUGGAGCUCCUGGACCUGCUGGAGCUGAUGGUGAACCAGGUCCUCGUGGACAGCAGGGUAUGUUUGGACAGAAGGGAGAUGAAGGAUCCCGAGGCUUUCCUGGACCUCCCGGUCCCAUUGGUCUGCAGGGUCUUCCUGGACCACCUGGUGAGAAAGGAGAAAAUGGAGACGUUGGUCCUAUGGGUCCCCCUGGCCCACCUGGUCCCAGAGGUCCUCAAGGUCCUCCUGGUGCUGAUGGUCCACAAGGUCCUCCUGGUGGAAUAGGAGGAAUGGGAUCUGUGGGUGAGAAGGGUGAGCAAGGAGAAGCUGGAAACCCUGGACCUCCUGGCGAGCCUGGACCUGGGGGCCCAAAAGGUGAGAGAGGAGAGAAAGGUGAAGCUGGUCCCCCUGGUGCUGCUGGACCUGCAGGUCCCAAAGGACCCCCUGGAGAUGAUGGACCCAAGGGUAAUCCUGGCCCUGUUGGUUUUCCUGGAGACCCAGGUCCACCCGGUGAGCCAGGUGUUGCUGGAAUAGAUGGAGGCCCAGGAGAAAAAGGCGAGGAUGGAGAGUCUGGUCAACCUGGACCUCCUGGUCCUUCUGGAGAAGCUGGCCCACCAGGACCUCCUGGCAAAAGAGGACCCCCGGGGGCUACUGGAGCUGAAGGCAGACAAGGAGAGAAGGGCGCCAAGGGUGAGGCAGGAGCUGAAGGUCCACCAGGUAAAACUGGACCAGUUGGCCCUCAAGGCCCUCCUGGAAAGCCUGGUCCUGAAGGUCUACGUGGAAUCCCUGGUCCUGUGGGUGAACAAGGACUUCCUGGUGCUCCUGGACAAGACGGCCCACCUGGACCAAUGGGACCUCCUGGUCUCCCUGGCCUGAAUGGAGACCCUGGCUCUAAGGGUGAGAAGGGUCACCCCGGUCUUAUUGGUCUCAUCGGACCCCCCGGUGAGCAGGGAGAGAAGGGAGAUCGGGGUUUGCCUGGUCCUCAGGGCGCUGCUGGCAGCAAGGGUGAUAAUGGUAUCAGUGGUGCUUCUGGUCCGAUUGGUCCAUCUGGUCCUCCUGGAUUGCCUGGUCCAGAAGGGCCAAAGGGAUCCAAGGGUUCGUCUGGUCCCGCUGGUCAAAAGGGAGACACCGGCUCGACCGGACCUCCUGGUCCUCCUGGUCCUCCUGGUGAGAUCAUCCAGCCUCUGCCUAUCCAGAUGCCCAAGAAGUCCCGUCGCUCCAUCGACAUGCAAGCGGACGAGGCCGGCACCAUGCUGGACUAUGGAGGGGGCAUGGAAGACAUCUUCGGCUCCUUGAAUAACCUCAAACAGGACAUUGAGCGCAUGAAGUACCCCAUGGGCACGCAAAACAACCCCGCACGAAGCUGUAAAGACCUACAGAUCGCUCACCCAGAAUUCUCAGAUGGUGAAUACUACAUCGAUCCCAACCAGGGAUGCCCCGGGGACUCCUUCAAAGUGUACUGCAACUUCACAGCAGGAGGCGAGACCUGCAUCUUCCCUGAUAAAAAGUCAAAUGGAGUGAGGAUAUCUUCAUGGCCCAAAGAGGUUCCUGGCUCCUGGUUCAGUGAAUUUAAGCGUGGCAAAAUACUUUCAUACGUGGAUGCAGAAGGCAACUCAAUAAACAUGGUCCAAAUGACGUUUCUCAAACUACUGACAGCCUCCGCCAGGCAAAACUUGACCUACAGCUGCCACCAGUCGGUCGCCUGGCACGAUGCCACUACGGACAGCUACGACAGAGCACUACGCUUCCUCGGCUCCAAUGACGAGGAGAUCUCAUACGACAACAACCCCUUCAUCAAGGCCCUGUCAGACGGCUGUGCGGUGAGGAAGGGCUACGGAAAGACGGUACUGGAGAUUAACACUCCCAAGAUCGAUCAGGUUCCGAUCAUCGACGUGAUAUUCACUGACUUUGGGGAUCCCAACCAGAAAUUUGGAUUCGAAGUUGGUCCAGUCUGCUUCCUUGGCUAAAAAACACAGACAAAGAAAA